AAACGACUUGCCAGUCUUCUACACCAAGCGGCCUAGUCGAGCCGGAAGCUACGAGCUCGGUUUAGCUUGACAACCCGAAUGUGUUGGUGUCCUUAACGCACGAGGGCCAAUUCUUUGUUGGCAAGAUGAUUCCAAUAUGGCAAAAUAAACCUUAUGGAUCUUCCCGCAGUGUUGUUCGAAUGAUCGGAUCAAACCUCCCACUGAGACCAUGUCCUAGAGUUUGUUUUCAGCUUGUUCCUGGGCUUACUGCAGCUGAGACUUUAAGUUCCAUCCAUGGAGAUAAACCAGCCGUUCCGACCCUGGCAGACAUUGCAUGGAUAGCUGCAGAUGAAGGAGAAGCCUUUACAAGGAUGAGAGCUGAUGCGAGACCCUACAGGGAAGAAUGGCAUCCGACACCACUGCUUAUAAUGCAUAGAAAUUCUUCAGUGCCUAACUUCCGAAGGGAAGGGAGGAAAUACGAAAGCCUGAAGAAGCCGGGUCUGACUGCACUGAAUCACACUGUGGCACUUCAAGAUGAACUUAGCCGCUUGCGAGAGCAGAUUGCUAAAAUUGUUGCUGUGCCAGAGGGUAAAAUGGAAACUGAAUCUGCGCCUUUUACACCAGAACUUGGUUCUCCUGACACGUCAAGCGUUGCCUGCUCUCUACCAGAUUUUGAAUCUGCAUAUCCUCCAUUAGCGUCGUUUACCUUAAAUGAUGAUAUUCCAGAAAAUGAUCCAGCUGAAUCUUUAAGCAUUGCAUCAUUUUCCAUGGCUGCUUCAUCAAACUUUGACCUUGAUUUUGAAAGUAAAAGGCAGGAUAUAACUGCAAAUGAAGACGACGAAACCUCCUGUCUAUCAAAGUCCACAAGCUUUGCAGAUAUGAUGGAUAUUCUGAAAGAUAUGAACAGGGUCAAAUUAAACUCCUUACAAGGGUCCAGGAGAGGCUCUCAGCUUUUGAAAGAGAAUGACCCCUCGGUACUCAUAUCAGAGGCAUUGAAACGCAAGUUUACUGUAUCAGACAGUAGUAUUUUUAUGAAGGAAGACUGAUUUACGCAAGUUCUUCAAACAUCAAGUAGUACCCACAACUCAAGUCUCAUAACAAGACCUGUUGAUAGAAAACUGCAGUUAUUUGGGAAGGACUGCUGUACUCCAGUAUGCCCUGUGGACCCUACUAUUAAUACAUAAAGGACCUGGAGCACAACUGUGCCGGACAGGACAUUCCUGUUCACUUUGCACUGCAAUAUUACAGGUUGCGGAAACAAGGUUAUAAACGGAGCAAGCUUGUAUUUGUGCCUUGACUGUUGGAAAUAGAGGAAUGUCUUCCUUACCUCAGUUUUUCUUUGGGGGAAGGGGUGGGGUGGUAGACUUAGGGUGGUAGAGGUGGGGAUAAAUUGGGCAUUUGAUUUAAGAAAUAAUUUUCCCCUUAUCUAUUUUACAUUCUCUCAACCACCAUACUGCGCCCUCAGGGAACUGGGAUAUCCAAGGAAAAUUCACCAGUGAGAGGCUUUGUGGUUUCCUCUACUUUAAGUGACGACUUCUCUGUUUAACAUCCUUGAUUUUUGCAUCCAAUUGUGCAAAGCAGCCCUGCAGAUUUCCUCUUGUUUGUCACACCAAAGUGGAUGGCUGUUUGAAAUUUGAGAGUGUAGGUGAUUGCAGCAUAAAAAAGAAACUUGUGGCCUAUUUUACCAUAUCCACUCAAAAUUGAUUUCCGCUGCUUUUAAAAAGGAAUCUAAUGGCUUUGUGCAUUUCCAAGUGUUAUCCACUUGCACUAUUAAAACAAUUAUCUGUAAAGAAAAUAUUGAGAAAUAAAACCCAAGUAUGGUCGGGUUUGCUGAAUGUAUUUACAUGUAUUGUCCCUUUAGCAACAUGGGAGUAAAGAUUUGAUAGGAGAAAUGAUCAUUGGAGCAGUGAAUCACAUCACCAUCCUUGUGCUUGGAUUGCACUUUUAAUAUUCCCUUCUGCCGAUACUAGUGUAUUAUCAACAAAGGUGGAAAAGGCCCCAUGGUGGCAUAGUGGUUAGUGCGAUGCUGUUACAGUUUGGGGCGUCCUGGCGUUGGCAGUUCAAUUCCGCUGCUGUAUGUAAGGAGUUUGUGUCUUCUCAUGUGAACUGAGGUUUUCUCUGGGUGCUUCAGUUUCUUCCUACAGUUCCUACAGUCCUACGGUUAAUUGGGCAUUGUAAAUAGUUAUUGCAUAUGGUAGGAUUAAAUCGGGGUUGCUGGGCUGCGUGGCUCAAAGGGCCUAUUCUCAAUAAAUAAAUAGGUUGCUGGGUGGUGUGGCUCGUUGAGCCAGAAGGGACUAUUCCGUGCUGUUCGCUAGAUAAAUAAGUAAAAUUAAUACUUAUUUCUGAAUGGAUUGCUUUCCUCUUGUUCUGUUUUUUUUUUAAGGAAAGACAUUACACAGUUGCACAGAAUUUACCGCCAAUGUUUUUGUGCACAACUUGCACCUCCACUCACACUUAUAACUUAUUUUAACUAAUGUGUUUAAAAUGUUGGGAAUAAGUUGCUCAUCAUAGUGCCAUAAACUUUGUUGAUGUGUUUGCAGCUCUGUUACACAAACCAGCUGGAGUAACUUUUCCUAACACUUUUUUUCUCCACCUACUACCACCACCAACCCUUACUCCCCACAGUUUUGUUGCAAUUAUAGAACUUUUCUUUUGUUAGUGACUGCAUUUUUAAUUUCAGUGGGAUUUUUUUAUGUUAACUUUUUUUUUGUCAGCGAGCGAAGAAGUCUUUGGAUGUGCUGGCAGUAAAUGCUUCAAUUGAUAAAUAAACAAGCUUUGGUUUUGGGAAUGUAACAUUUUGGGCCCAAGUACUUCAGUCGUGCACUAUGGACAUGCACAGGUAACUGAGCUCAACCUGCAUGUUUAUGGUGCCACCUCAGAUCGGAUGGGUGAGACUUUGGCAUAUUUAUUCAAAACUAUUUUAGUAUUUAAAUGUAAAACUGCAUUAUUGAAUGUUAAUCUAGAUUUAAAUGCUCAUUUUACUCAAUGUUAAAAGCAAUAAAGGUAUCAGCAUGAUUGGUUAACUAUUUAUUACAUUUAAGAGGGAGAUCUAUUGAAAUGGUUUUUCAUCCUUGUACUAAAAAGAUUUUUUAAACAUUGAUAUUUCUGAAAGUACCAAUAA